UCGGUUUGUUGAUUUUUUGGGGAAUUUUCUAAGAAAAUAAUAAACUGCGGGAAUUUUGCGUAAAUACCUCGAAAUAAGUUGAUUAAAGUGAAGAUAACAGUGCAGCUUUUGUUUGAAACAUGGAUGCAUCAAGCGAAUAUUAUGAAUCUGAAAAUUUUAAGAGAAACAAUCACGAUCAGCUUGACGAGGAAUCAAAUGAAAAUUUAAAAAAUUAUGAUUAUAUUCGUGAAUUGAUUAAAGAGCGCAAUCAAUUAGAAAGUGAUUCACAUGCAUCUCGACUUCUCGAUCAAGAAAUACAACAAGCAAAAGCAUCCGGAAAACCGUUUCGAGAUACGAGAUAUGUUGAUGUUUACCGGGAAAAGCAAGUUCGUGUUGUUGUCAAAGUGAUUGUGCCUGUUAAGGAACACCCAAAAUUUAAUUUUGUUGGUAAACUGUUGGGUCCGCGCGGAAAUUCAAUGAGACGAUUGCAAGAGGAAACACUUUGUAAGAUGGCAAUUCUAGGCCGCGGAUCAAUGAAAGAUAGAAAAAGAGAAGAAGAGUUGAGACAAGCCGCUGAUCCAAAAUAUGCACAUUUGAAUGACGAUUUACAUGUGGAAAUUUCAGCUUUAGGACCACCUUCAGAAUGUUAUGCAAGAAUUGCAUUUGCACUCGCAGAAGUACGAAAAUAUUUAAUUCCUGAUUCAAACGACACAAUUAGACAAGAACAGUUGCGAGAAAUAAUGGCAGGAGAAGCUGGUGAAGCUGUCAUUGCGAAAAUCAAACAAAAGGGUCAAUACAAAAGUCACGUAACUGAAAGAACUCCACGGACGUCUGCUGUUCCACCAAAAACAAAAAUCUUCUCGAUUUUAGAUCGUGCAAGAGUUGCAAUGGAAGAAAGCUACAAAGCAUCUUCGGAGCCAUCGUAUCAUGAGCAUCAUGCUUAUGAAGAGUCAUAUGAGUCUCAUCAUCAUCCGUCUUACCACCAUUCACCACACGUUGAAUCCUACAGUCAUGGGAUUCAUCGUGCGCCAUCUUAUCGCUAUGAAGCACCACCAGCUCCCGAAUACCAACAUCAUGCUUAUCAUCAUCACCCACGCGAUUCAUAUUCAGCAGCGAAAACGCGAAUGUAUUCAUGGAAACGAGGACCUCCAUCGCCGGAAUCGAGACAUAAGAGUGAAUAUUCCGAACGUUUGUCAUCGCGUCAUCGUCACGAACCUUAUCCAAGAGUUGAGAAAUGAAAACGAUGGACUGAGAAGGAAAUUAUUGACACAUGACGAAGAAGAAGUGAUGAUGAACAAUGAAAUAUUUUAUUUUAUUAUACAAAUACAUAAAAUAAUAAAACUAUUAAAAACAAGAUAAAAAAAUGGAUAAAAUCAAACGAUCAUUUGAAUGUCAUCAAGACAUUUAAUUAGAACUUCAGUGAAGUUAAGUUUGCAAACAAUUUUGUGUUUUUGUUUUCUCUUAUUUUCUUUAAUGUGACUUUUUGAAUACAUAAAAAUAUAAAAUAGAAAGUUAGUCAAAACAAAACUAAAUAUUACGUCAAUCGUAUGUCAAAGUAUAAUCAACAUAAAAUACAUAACAAAAUAAAAAUAAGUCUAACUAAAUAUCUAGGUGAAAAUAUUAUUUCUCUCGACGAAUAAUUGAAUGUUCAACAUAAAAUAUUUUGCAUUAAUUCGAAUUGGAUGAAAUAAUAAAUGACAUCUUGAUUCUUUUUAGCUCUUUAUUGUUUAAAGUGAAAACAAAUAAAAAAUAUUGACACGCGAAACAAAACGUAGAAAAUUAACGUUCAUUAUAAUUUUUUCUUGAAAUAAAAUAUCUGACAAUGAAAAUAAACGAAAAGGAAAAUAUCUUGAAAUAAAUAAAAUCUUUUUUCAUGUCGAAAGUGAUGACAAUGAUGAUUAGAAAUUUCAAAGAUAAAUAAAAAAAUUAAAUUUAAGCAGAAAACUAAACAAAACAUAAUUUAAGGGAAAAAAGUAUACUUAUUACUUCAUUAAAAUAAUCAAAAACAAAUAAAAGAUAAAAACUCAAAUAAAUAAUCAACUUUAUAAAUGUGUAAUGAUAAGCUCGGUCACAUAAUAGAUCAGCAUAAUUAAUAAUAGAAAAGAAAAAACAAGAAAACUUCCCAAUCUAAAAUAUCUCUUAACACAAAGUAAAUUUCAAAACUAUGCAAUAAGCAUAAAAUUAAAAGAAUGAUCACGUCAAUAAUUUAAGAUGAUUCAAUGUCAAUAAAACAAACAUAUUUUUGGAGAAAUAAAAUUUAAUCUAAAAACAAAAGAAGUCACUAUGUGAAAAAAAUUUGACAAGAAAAAAAAAAGAAUCCAUGACAAAAAAAUAACAUGACGAUGAAAAAUGUAUCUGUAACUUGAAUAAUUCACAGAAAAUAAAAGAAAAAUUGGUCCACGUUUGAAUGAACAACAACUUGUAAAAUGUCUUGUUGCUUUUUAGUCUAGCUUCCAAAUAUUUCUACGUUGAGUAGCAGUUGCUUACCACACUCGGAGAUGAGUUGAAGUUUAACGUAGUUGUAACCAAUUCCACCACUGAGUAUUCUCACAGUUCCACCGUCUUGUUGAAAUGUCAAAUCGGUGACAUGAAUGGCAGUGAUUAAAGCACCGUACGGCGACGAAAACACAAAGUUUUCUCCAAGAAUAAAAUUAUUUUCACGUGUCUGAUGAAAGAGUUGAUCGAAAAUUUGCAAA